UUACCGUCGUCACGGCAGCGUCACUUACCAUUCUCACUCUCUUUCUUCUGGUACUUUCUUCGCGCACCGCCGCUCCGUACUCUUCUUCAAAGCAAACCCACAAACUUUGUUUCACUGAUUGGAACAAGUGUCGGUUCACGGGCUUGCCUGAAAAUGAUGGAGUCACAUAAAGAGCAGUCUCCCUCACUUGAAGAUUGCUUAAAGCUGUUAAAAGGCGAGAGAGACGAGCAACGCCUUGCUGGAUUGCUUCUCGUCACCAAAUUUUGCAAAGGCGAUGACUCUGAUUCUCUUCGUCGUGUUUAUGACGCUGUCGGCUUUCGCUUUCUUGAUAGGCUCUUGAGGACUGGUAUGGGUAAAGGAGCUGAGAAUGAGGAUGGAGCUAGCAACCGUGAUGCGUAUUUGCAGUUAUCGAUUACAGUUCUUGCAGCGUUUUGUCGUGUUCCUGAAAUAGCGUCAUCAGAAGAUAUGGCUGUCAAGAUUCCUUUGAUUCUGGAAAUAAUGUCCAAAUCCAAUUCACCUAUUUUGGAAGAAUGCUAUGAAUUCUUGUAUCUGGUAACAGUGUCUUCUGAGCAUGGAGCCAGAAUCUUGUAUGAAUCCGGAGGCUUGAAAAUCGUAGCUUCCCAAAUGUGUUCUCUUCCUGACGGAUGUCAGAUGAUGGAGCUUGCUAUGAAAAUAAUACAAUCUAUACUGAAUAAAGUACUUCAGGAAUCCAUUGCCACUGUCAACCCAUCAGAGCUGUCAAUGGUGGUGGUUGCAAUAUCAAGACAGUUUGCUGUAUUACACAGUCAAUUGAAGUUUGACGCACUUCACCUGCUCUCUGGUAUCUUCUCAUCAAAGUGCUCGCAAUCGGUUCAAGAUGCACUGCUCACAAUUGCUAAAAACAGCUGGCCAGAUUACAUGCGUGUUGGAAUUAUGGCUAUUUUGCAGAAUCGUGUUGCACCUGGUGAAAAGCUUCACGCCCUUAUUUUGGCUGAAUCUACUAUGUCUAUAUUGGGGGAAAGCUGGCUUAUUGGUCAGUCUAACUUGCCUGAUUUACAAGACCCCAUGCCGGCUGACAGAUGUCUAUUGCUUGUCUUGGAGUCAUCAAGGGUUGAAAUUGCUGUUUUGCUUAAUGAGCUAGCCUAUUUGAAAUAUGAAGCCUCCAAGAAUAUUUCAACUACUGCAGAAACUAUAUUUUUAAAGCAAAGAAAUGUGGCUAUUGCUUUUUCAUUGGUGGAGAGGAUAAUCAAAUUAGUAUCAACGAUGGCUGGAAAUGAGGGACUCAUUGGUGAAAGUACUUUUAUAAAGGUGAUCAAUGGAAUUAAUGAGACAGUUAACGUAGUGCUAGAGUAUCUACAAGAUGCAAAGGAACAUGGGCAAAAUAAGGGAAAUGAUCUUCUCGCUUCAGUUAGGAUUGUUGGAAGUUAUCUUGCUGAAACACCUGAUGCGUGCAAAGACAAGGUCAGAGAACUUUUGGGGUAUAUGCUAUCAGUUGAAGCUGAAGAUGAACCAAGCCCCUUUUACUCUAUAUGCUUUUUACUUCCAAUGUUGUGUCAAAUUACAAUGGAGACCGAAGGAUGUAAAGCUUUAGUUUCUUCUGGUGGUUAUAAAGCUGUUGUUCAAUGCCUAAUAAAAAUGAUUGGACCAAGUCGCUGUACAAUUGAAGAUAAUAGCGGCAUCUUUUUGGCAUGUGAUACAAUAAUGAGUUUGCUUUUGAAGAGGGAGCAAAUACGAUUUUCAAUGGACGAAUCAAGUGCGGUCGAUCUUUUAACAGCAUUGGGAUAUUGGGCAGAGAAUGCUGAUGACCUAUCUGUUACAACGAUGGCUUCAAGUAUUUGUGCUCUGAUAUUUGAUUCUACAUCAGAGCAGGCUCUUCUCCGUCAUUCUAACUUUAACAGCAGCUCUCUUGAUAGUCUAUCACGGCUCAUUGCAAGAAGUCUAGCUUUUCUUAAGCAGGACAUGUCUGAUGCUGUUAAAUCAGAAAUGGAUCUUCUUGAGAUCGUUAGUUCAGGAUUUUCACGGUGGGCUCGUCGGUUUCCACAUGUAAAGGAGGCAGUGGAGAGAAUUUCAUAGCUGAUGUGGGAUUAGUAUUUUAGCCAUCUGUAAUAAGUUUAUAAGUGUUUACACUGGCCCAAAAAGAGCUCAUAUGGGCUAAUUCGGGUUUUUGAGCCCAAAAGCCAUCAACUAUCCUUUUAUUCUUAUCUUAACUUAGUAGUUAUCUUUUUGUGUCAUUAUCUUAUUUUUAGUCAUUAUCUUAGUUAUUUAUCUUAGUAUUUAUCUAAAUAAGAGAUUGCAUCUCACUAGACUAGGUUUUCUAUUUUAGGGUUUGUCCCCUAUAAAUAGCUAGCUUUAAGUUUGUAAUAGUCACAACUCAAAUCAAUCAAAAAACAAACUUUAAAGCCU